AUGGAAGUCAUGGCAGAAUUGAUUGCCAAACAAUCAGAAUUGGGAAAACAAAUCCAACAACUGAUCACUAACUUCAAAAAGGACUCAAAAGAGAGGAAGACAUCCCCUCGCUACUAUGAAGAGCGUAUUAGGCGACUCAACGAAUUAUGGGAACAAUUUGAUCAUAACGACACACAAAUCAGGAAUUUGCCAGAUUUGGAUACGAGCGUUUCAUAUUUUACCAACAACUACUUUCAGGAAAUCAAGGGAUUAUUUGAAAAAUAUGAGCAGAUUUUCGAAAAUGAAUUGUCAACCAAAAUACCCCCAACACCUUCCUCAAAGGAGUCAGCAACGACAGCACGUCAACCGAUGCCGUCACCGAGGGAAGGACAAUAUAGCACAAGUAUAACAAGAAUGAUACACAAGCAAGGUGCAAUUUGUGUAUCACUGAAGCGACUCAUAGCAGGCAUCAAUCGUCAAACAGGCGUUCAGAUGAAAUCCUUUUAUGAAGUGAAUAUGGGAAGAAUUGAGAAGCUAUGGAAUGAGAUUGAAUCCAUUAAUUUUGAGAUUUGGGAGUACACCAACAAUCCGACUACAGUGGGAUAUAAACUCGAUGAGUAUCUCGAAAUAGAAGAAUUGGUUCAGUCAACUUUAAUUUCGUUAGCUUCAAAGAAAGCAAAUGAUGAACAAUCACAACAAGGAAGCAGUAAACCAGACAGCGCUGGUGUAUCACUGCCUAAGGUAACAAUACCAAAAUUCGAUGGCGAUUACUUGAAGUGGUGUCAAUUCUAUGAUUUGUUCACCGAAAUGAUUCACAAGCAGCAGCUUUCUAACGCUCAGAAAAUGUGGUAUCUCAAAGGUAGUUUAACAGGAGAAGCAGAAGGUUUAGUCCGACACCUGUCAAUAACCAACGAGAAUUAUCAAACGGCAUGGAAUUUGCUACAAGAACGAUAUCACAACAAAAGAAUUAUUGUAGCAACAAUCAUUCAAAGAAUUCUAAAUCAACCAAUAAUAUCAACUAAUCCUUCAGCGACAGAAAUAAGGACACUCCAUGAUGUUACUUUCGAAGGAUUGCUGGCACUGAAGAAUGUGGGACUCGAAACUGAUUCAUGGUCCCCGCUACUGCUUCAUAGUUUGCUCCUCAAACUAGAUAAGCAGACUCGCAUUUUGUAUGAACAGUCGCUGAAUCAUCCAAGAGAGGUUCAGUCGAUUAAGGAGUUCAUGAUCUUCCUGGAAUCACGAUUCCAGUCCUUAGAGGCGAUUGGCCAUAGGGAGAAGCCAUGCUUAGCAAAAACCCUUGCCACAACUAUGGGAAAGGCAAAUAUAUCAACCUGUAAGAUCUGUAAUAAUGGAUCACAUCCGAUAUAUUAUUGCAAAACAUUCUUGCAAUCAACACCACAAGGUCGUAUCAAGACGGUACAAAAACUUAGACUGUGCUUGAACUGCUUACGUACAGGCCAUAGGGCAGCAGAAUGCAAAAGUUCCCGGUGCAACAAGUGCAGCAAGAACCACAAUUCGUUGUUGCACUUAUCAGAGUCUUCCAAGACAACACACAAAUCGAUCAAUGUCAAAUCAGAUUCAUUGGUUGAGAAACCCGGUCAUCAACCUUCUACUGUAAUCACAGCAUUAACACAAAAUAAGGGAUACGUUCUUCUUAGUACAGUUAAUAUGAAAAUAGCUACGUUUGAUGGUGAUUUCAUUGAGUGCAGAGCAAUACUCGAUUCUGGAUCACAAAUAAACUUAAUCACAGAAAAACUGGCAAGAAAAUUAAAAUUGCAGUUACACUCAUCACCGUUAUGGAUAGAAGGAAUUGGUAGAAGCAAAAGGGACACAAAAUACAGUGUGACAACAAAAAUUCAGUCUCGAAUUAAUGAUUUCAAUGUAAAUAUCAACGCAUUCGUGAUGCCUCGAAUUAUCUCAGCCCAACCAACACAGUGUCUGGACACUUCUGGUUGGUCAAUUCCUCAGAAUAUAAAAUUGGCUGAUCCAGACUUCGCGAAUCCAAAUCAAAUUGACUUAUUAAUUGGAGCAGAAUUCUAUCACAGCUUUUUAUCGAUUGGUCAAAUCAAAAUAGGUGAGGGUCUACCUGUACUUCAGAACACGGUUUUCGGAUGGAUAUGCAGUGGCAAAGUUAGCAACGGUAAUCAAAAAUUACUUACCUGUGGCAUGUGCAGCGAAGCUGACGACGAACCAUUGGAUAAUAUACUUACUAAAUUCUGGCAAUUGGAGGAAAUCAAUCAAACGGAUGACAAAUUCACUGAUGCAGAAAAGAAAUGUGAAGAAUCUUUUGCUCAAAAUACUCACCACAAUCAUGAAGGGCGAUUUGUCGUGAAACUACCAUUUAAGGAGGAUACAACUGUUCUUGGUGAAUCCAUGCAGAUGUCGAUGAAUCGAUUUUUUAGUCUUGAACGUCGGCUGUUGAAGAAUUCUGAACUAAAGAAGAUGUACGUUGACUUCAUGCGAGAGUAUGAACAUCUCGGCCACAUGGAAAAAAUCAAUCAGGAUGAUAUAAUGCAUCCACAUUACAUUUUGCCACAUCAUUGUGUAAUCAAGGCAGAUAGUACUACAACAAAGCUUCGAGUGGUGUUUGAUGCAUCUGCAAGAAUAUCAACCGGAGUCUCACUCAAUGACAUCAUGCAUAAUGGUCCAGUCGUGCAAAACGAACUCUCAUCCAUUUUACUGCGUUUCAGGAAACCACGCUUCGUUUUUACAACAGAUAUUGAAAAGAUGUAUCGGCAGAUACUAAUUGAUCCACGAGAUGAAUAUCUUCAAAUCAUUAUCUGGCGAGAGUCACCAGAAGAAAACUUGUGCUAUUACAAAUUAAAAACGGUAACGUAUGGCACAAGAGCAGCGCCGUAUCUGGCAACUAAGUGUCUACAAACCCUGGCCAGAGAGCAUGCCGUUAAAUUUCCGCUUGGUUCCGCUACACUCAGCAAGGAUUUUUAUGUCGAUGACGGUUUAAGUGGCUCAGACAGUCUCAUGGAGGCAAUUGCAACAAAGGAUCAACUUAUUAAAAUAUUGGCGACAGCUGGUUUCAAAUCUCGCAAGUGGUGCGCAAAUAAUUCCCAAUUACUUCAAGGACUCGCUCCAGAAGAUCAAGAAGUGGAUCUCGAUGUCAGCAGUGAGUCACAUAAGACAGUAAAAACUUUAGGCCUUAUCUGGCUACCAAAAUCUGAUCAAUUUUCAAUAAAAACUAACGGACCUACACACAGCAAAAUAACAAAGAGGACCGUAAGUUCUGAGUUGGCGCACAUUUUCGAUCCACUUGGAUUAAUGGCUCCCGUAGUAGUGAAGGCGAAAAUAUUUGUUCAAAAAUUGUGGCAGUUAAAACUUUCGUGGGAUGAAGCUCUGCCUGCUGAAAUGCAUACUCAAUGGACCCAUUUUCGUCAGAGCUUAUGUGAAAUAAACAAUGUAAAGAUUCCACGACAUAUAUUUCAUCAUAAACAACCAAGGAAUACUCAGAUUCAUGUAUUUACUGAUGCCUCCGAAAGGGCCUAUGGAGCUGCCAUUUACAUCAGAGCCGAAAUGACUGAUCGAACUAUCUCAGUUCAGUUACUUUGUUCAAAAUCACGCGUCGCUCCAUUAAAAACGCAGACAAUAUCAAGACUUGAGUUAUGUGCGGCUUUACUAGGAGCACAAUUGGUAGUAAAGGUAAAAAAGGAUUUGGAAUAUGAACAUCAUCCGAUAUUUAUGUGGACUGAUUCUGAGAUAACAUUGCAUUGGAUCAAUUCAGAACCAUCAACAUUCCAAACUUUCGUUGCUCAUCGUAUCAGUAAGAUUCAGCAAUUAACACUAAAGGAACAGUGGAGGCAUGUCAAUACUAAACAAAAUCCAGCUGAUCUAUUAUCCAGAGGUGUAGAUCCAAUUUACAUUCAGAAGAAUGCAAUGUGGUUUUAUGGGCCACUUUUCCUUCAUGGAAAUCAAGAAUGCUGGCCCCAACCAUUCCGUCAGGAAUUGAUAACAUCCGACCAUAUACAAGCGGAAGUCAAAAGGAAGGUACAUGUGCUUACAAUUUCACAUGAUGAUGAACUAAUCAAAAUGAUUUAUACGAUAAGGCAUGGAAACUCAUUCAUAAGGUUGCAACGAAUUCUUGGCUAUGUGUUGAGAUUCAUCAAAGGGUUACGUAAUAAGAGCAAGCACAACGACAUCAAUUUGACACCAUUAGAACUGGAUGAGUCAUUACUCAUAAUUAUAAAAGCCAUACAGCUAAGUGAUUUCAAUGAAGAACGACAUCAACUCUUAAAGAAAAGGGAUCUAAAGGGAAGCAGUAGUCUCCACGGACUUUCUCCAUUUAUCGACGAUAGUGGCGUCAUCAGGGUUGGAGGUCGAUUGACGUCGUCACAUCUUAAAGAUGCCUUCAAACUAGUUAUUUCAUCAUUAGCUGUCUCCAUGCUGAUGUUUUUCAACUUUAGAGAUGAUUGCCGAGGAAUCGCUGUCCCUAUUGGGCUUGAAUGGAAGCUUGUGUGGGAAUAUUUUAAGCGAGUAGUCAUUGUGUAA